GUGAAAAAUCCAAGAGAAACAAUCAUGAUCGGAACAAAUCCUCGGAGGCGCGUUCAUCGGAUCGAGAAUAUAAUAUCAGAGACUACAAGCAUUCGCAUUCUUCUAAACGGACCAAAAAGGAGUAUUCGUCUAGAUAUUAUUCCGCCUCACCUUCGCGUUCUAGUGAUGAUUAUCAAUCUAGCUCCAAGCGUCAUAAGAAAAAACACGAACAUUAUGGACAUGAAGAACGUUCAUCCCAAUCUUUUGAUGAUCGAAAAAGGAGAUACGUGGAGAGGUUAUUUCAAGAUCGAGGGAUACCUAGACCUCUACCUUCCGAACGUGAAAGCCCUAAGCCAACGGAAAAGAUUCCAAAAGAAUUUAAAAAUUUGGAUCCUUUGAAAGCGGAGGCAAGACAAGAUGCCAAGAAGAAAGCUAAGAGCGCUUCAAAGGAAAAGAAGGAGAAAAGGUUGAAGGAGAAAAGCAAGUUUGUUGAGUCCAUUGAUGUACAGGAAGAGACGUCCGAGGAAGCCAUAAGAGAGAAAACCAGGGAAUUCAAUGCCUUACUAGAUCAGAAUCCGAAAGAUGUUAAUCUGUGGCUAGAAUUUAUUGAAUUUCAAGAUAAAAGCAUGCAAUUUGGAAAAAGCAAAAAGGCGGAUGCCGCUGCUACAAGAUUAAGUAUUAAUGAAGUGAAACUUAGUAUCUUUGAGAAAUCUUUUGAGGCGAAUCCGAAUGAUCCGACUCUACUUGUUGCUUAUCUAAAAUGCUGUGAACAAGUCUGGGAUGUUCCCAGGUUACUCACAAAAUGGGACCAAAUUCUCAAAGAAAAUCCUAGAAACGUCACUCUCUGGAUGCAAUACCUUAAUUUCCGACAAACAAAUCUAGUUUCUUUUACGGUAACUCAGUGUAUUCAGGUUUUCGAAGAGUGUUUUCAUACACUUAGAAAGGAGGUCCUGGCUUCGCCUAAUUAUGAAGAUCGUCUUAGAAUAGAACGAAUAAUGAUUCACGUUUUUCAGCGUGCAUGUUUUUUGAUGUUUCAAUCAGGAUACGCCGAAAGGGCAUAUGCUUGUUGGCAAGCAAUGAUAGAGUUUACAUUUUUUAUCCCAGAGAGUUUGCGAAAUCAAGUUUUUUAUGACCGAGUUGCGGCUUUUGAAAGUUUCUGGGAAGCCGGGUGGGCUCGAUUCGGCGAAGAUGAUGCUAAAGGAUGGCAUUAUUACUUUAAUCAAG